UUGUUUGUUUGUUGGUAGUAAUUUUACAAGAUGACCGCACAAGAUCUUGUUACAAUGUCUGGAUUUUGCUGCCUCUACCUCUUCGCUCUUUUGAGUUGAGUCUUACUUAAGUUCUAACACUAAGACUAAACACUAUAGACAGAGCGUAUAUCCCUCCGUCCAAGAUCAAGAUGAUGAAACUAUCGCGCUCUUUGCUCUCCAGGAGGCUUUGUUCCCAAACAAUGCUAUCUGGGAAAUGGGUUGAUGUCGGAGAUGCUCUGUGUUCUCGUGCUUUUGAAUCCCCAGCGGCUUUUUCUACUUCUGUACAUGAUUUUUCUGCUAAAGGAAUUUCCAAUGCUCGCGUGUUUGCUCCUUAUACGGUAUACAAGGGAAAAGCAGCAUUCUCUGUUUCUCCACUUCUUCCAACUUUCAGUAAGAUAGAUUCUGGCUCCGCCAGCCUUAAAGUUGAUCGUCGUGGUUGCAUGAUGUUGACUUUCUGGCCUGCUGUUGGUGAGCGCAAGUAUGAUUGGGAAAAGAGACAGAAAUUUGCUUUGUCGCCGACAGAGGUUGGGUCUUUGAUAAGCAUGGGUGCACAUGAUGGCUCUGAAUUCUUCCAUGACCCUUCAAUGAAAUCAAGUAAUGCCGGUCAAGUAAGCAAGAAGUUAUAUAUUAAGGCACUUGAUGGUGGUAAUGGCUACAUGAUUUCUUUGACUGUUACCAACAACAUUCUAAAAUCAAAUGAGCGCUUUAACGUACCUCUUACAACAGCUGAAUUUGCAGUCUUGAAGACAGCAUGCAGUUUUGCAUUGCCCCACAUCAUUGGCUGGGAUUGGUUGAUCAAUCAGUCGCGUAAUGACAUGGCGGGGAGUCCUUCAAAGGUGAAUCCGCAGCUUUUGGAUUUGGAGUGGGAUAAAUGAAAUGAAAAUCUAAGUAGAAAGCUUUUUGCAUUGCCUGCUCUGCUUCCUCAGAGUUUGCAAAUAUGGACUUGCUGAACACCGUACCUUAUUCUGCUUUUGUUAGUUCAAAUCUCUACUUUUAUUUUACUUGUCAUGACAGGUUUGGGCAAUGCUAUUUUCUUUUACAGAUUUACCCCUACUUUCGUGCAUGAAUUAGAUUUGAUAUGCAUAUUGCACUUUUUUUUCCCAUAUUUUA